AUGACCAAACCGACUCCCUCGAUGCUGGAAGCAAUCUGCCAAACAACCCUCCUUGACGAUGUCUUCAACGAGGAUCCCGUAACAAAUGAUCUACAGGCCUAUUUGGCGAAGCGUACUAGCCAUGAGGAUGCUCUGUUGGUCAUGUCUGGAACAAUGGGUAACCAGGUUGCCAUCCGAUCCCAUCUGACGCAGCCCCCUUACUCGGUUAUAUGCGAUCAACGAUCUCAUGUUAUUAACUACGAGGCCGGAGGGGCCAGUUCGUUAACCGGCGCGAUGGUUCAACCAGUGAUCCCCAAAAACGGAUCUUAUCUUACCCUCGAAGAAAUUCAAAAAUAUGCUGUGCUUGACGAUGAUAUCCACCAUUGCCCUACGAAACUCAUCUGUCUGGAGAAUACCCUGGAUGGGAGGGUUAUGCCUCUGACAGAGGCGCGUCGGAUUACGGAAUGGGCCCAUGCAACAAAUAUCAAGGUACAUCUGGACGGUGCUAGGCUAUGGGAAGCGGUGGUGUCGGGGGCUGGUAGCUUAACUGAAUAUGCUAGUCUCUUUGACAGCGUUAGCUUGUGUUUCUCCAAAGGCCUCGGCGCCCCUAUUGGGAGCAUUCUUGUCGGUUCCAAGGAGUUCAUCAGGAAAGCUCGAUGGUUCCGCAAGUCAAUUGGCGGAGGUGUCCGACAAACUGGGGUGAUCGCUGCAGCCGCCCGAGUAGCUGUUGAAGAAACGUUUGGAUCAGAUCCCUACGGAAAUGGAGGGAAACUCCAGGAAUCCCAUGUCAAAGCCAAACGAGUAGCUGAAAUGUGGACCAGCCGCGGGGGGAAGCUAUCGCACCCUGUAGAGACAAACAUGGUGUGGUUGGAUCUGGAGUCAUCUGGUCUGGGGCCCAAUGAUUUAGCGGAUAUUGGACAAGAAAAGGGGCUGAAAUUGCUAGGAGGACGCGUUGUUAUCCACUACCAGGUGUCGGAGGAGGCGAUUGCACGGUUGGGACAGGCUUUUGAUGUAGCAAUGAGUGGGAAGUUCCAGCGUAGUACCAACGAAACCUCGCUCCCGUUUCUCGGUCGACGACUCCUAUCCAGACAGCCUCUUGUGCCGUCCCCGUUGCCAGCUUCCCCUGUCAAGCAGGUCUCAUUGCAGCAAUCUUACCCCUUGAUUGUGCAGUGGAUGGUUGAGGGGGAGUUUGCCAACUGUGUGAGUGAAAGUCCCUUGCAGUUUGAUGUUGAUCGAUACUUUUACCUCGACCAAGUCUAA